AGGCCGUCAGUUAGACUGAGCUGCGGAUUUGGACCUCCUGCAUCAGCGUGACCAUGUUUCUCCAGUAUUACCUCAAUGAACAGGGAGACCGGGUCUAUACCCUGAAGAAGUUUAAUCCUAUGGGACAACAGACCUGUUCAGCCCAUCCUGCUCGGUUCUCGCCAGACGACAAAUACUCUAGACACCGAAUCACCAUCAAGAAACGUUUCAAGGUGCUGAUGACCCAGCAACCGCGCCCUGUACUCUGAGGGUCCCUUAAAGUUCAUAUUUCUCCUGCCACCUGCUACCCCGCUGAGACUUUCCGAAACCAAGCUUUUCAGUUUGUGAGCCUGGAAGCCUUCUUACCACCCUUGCUCUUUGGAAUCCGGUGUCAUCAUUACCUUUGAUCAUGCUUGGUGCGAAGCAAUCAUGGUAGCAUCAUCCACCUUAAAGGAAACAAGUUUGAGUCUUCUUUUCAUAUUUGGACUCACUGCCAGGUUAUUAAAAUGAUUUGAAAGAGCUCUUAUUUUACAUUUUGUGAGAAGAAAAGAGUGGUUUGGGGGGGGGGGACGAGGAGAUGAGAGGGAAGUGUAACCCAGGGGUACAACAAAGGGUACACUUGGAAGAAAAUCGUACGUAACUGCUGUAGCAGGAGUAGUGCUGCACUGUUAGUGAUAGGAAGGUGUUGGGGAAGGGAAUGAAGGUUGAAAACGAUUCACAUAAUUUUUGGCAUUCACCGAAAAAUAGCCCUCUGGUCAUGUAAGUAAUUUCUUGCCCCUUGACAUGACAUUUUGAUUCAAAAUGGAAGAGUUGACAAAUAAUGACCAUAUUGUAGAUGGAAGACGGUGAAUUGGAAGUCAGGAGACCAGGAUUCUGCCCUCUUGGAAUAACUUUAAGAAAAUCACUUACCUAUUUAGUCCCACUUUCAUCUCUAAGCAAGUUCUCUCCCAACUCUAAAACUGAUUGGGUUCAGUGGUGGACCUUAAUAUAUCUAGUGUUGUCCAACCGUUGUGACUAGGCUGCAUAUUUUCUGCCCCUCUGGUAAUAGUCCCAGGCUUUUAGUUCUCUUCAUCAAGGAAUUGCUCUCUUAUAUACACCUAACUUAAUAUUCUCUCUGGAAGUAGCUGCUAUGUGGAACUACAUAGAUCUUAAUUUAAAAGAUGAAAUAUGAGAAAUUCAAGCAGGGAUUUUGUUGUUUUUCAAGCUACUGUUAGGGAUUAAUAACCAAAAAAAUGGGAGAUUUCCGAGUUUUGGAAUGACCGUCAUGGGGCAGCUAUAACUUGAAUCCAAUUACUUUAUGUUAGAGGAAAGAUGAGACAAAAUACUGCAUAUGGGCAUUCAAAAAAAUACUAGUUUGCUUUUUUUCUACCUCUCUGUCAAGUUAAUCCACUCAUUUCCCAAUCUCAUUUGUGGCUUUUGGCAUUGGAUUUAAAUGGUUACUUAGCCCUGG